AUGCCACACGACUCCCCAACCGACUAUGCUCCAAGAGUCAGCGCCGACGUGUGGGAGCAGCAUAAGGACUAUAUACUUCGGCUUCGAGCGAACCAUACAGUAGACCAGAUAGUAAAAAUAAUGCAAGAAGAAAAAGGAUUCUUUGCAACGAAAGCGCAAUAUAACAACCAAUUGCUUGUGGUUUGGAAGGCGAGGAAGAACUUCAAUGCCAAAGAUCACGAGUUUCUAAACCAACAAUUCGAGCAACGAGAUGCCAUGGGAAAAACCACGAGAGUAAAACGAAAUGGCAUCAAUCUCUCCGAAGAAAAUGUCAGGAGGAGAUCUUCUAGAUACUUUGUCCCAACUUUUGAGAAACAGAAACAAAGGCACGCAGCUAAAGCUGAGAGACAUGUAGAUUCUGCACUAGAAAACAGAGACUUUGAAGUUGGGUCACCUAGUGAAAGUAGUAAUAGCCCACGACUACCGGCUUCUGAUGUUCCUGACUCUAUGGAAACCAACUUACCAGACGCCUCUACUGGCUGUCUUGAAGUUGAUGAGAGUAUGUCCCCCGAUAGAAAUUGGGAAUAUUAUCAUCCAUAUGUGGAAGAUGCCGAAGAUGUGGAGUUCAGUAACCGGAAUAUACUUCACUAUAAUGAUCCGAUAGAAGAGCUCCAGAAGCAAGUGAUAGACGGUCUGAAGGAAGUACCGUUAGCUGCUGAUGACAUCGGCAUACUCGAUUUUCAAAUUGACGAGCCGGUCCCUCAUGAUGCGUUAAUAGAACCUUUCAUAGACGACCCCCAGUUCUAUUCCUCUCCGGGCAACAUAACUUGGGCGGCAUACGCUUGCCAGAAAGAGGCAGACCGCCAAGAAUAUAUCAAAAUGCGGAGGUAG